UUUGAACGGAGUAAAGCGGGCUUGAAAACAGUCGGGAGGGAAACAAAGAGAGAGCGAACAUCCUGCUGUUAUCGGAUGUGAAUAACUACAUAACUUGAUUAUUUUUCGAUCAGAGCAACUUUGCGCUUUCAUACGGCCUCCGCCAUGUCUCACAAACAGAUCUACUACUCUGACAAAUAUGACGAUGACAAAUACGAAUACAGACAUGUAAUGCUGCCCAAAGACAUCGCAAAACGUGUACCCAAGACCCACUUGAUGUCCGAGACCGAGUGGAGGAACCUGGGGGUCCAGCAGAGCCAGGGAUGGGUGCAUUACAUGAUCCAUCAACCAGAACCUCACAUCUUGCUGUUCCGGCGCCCUCUGCCUAAUCCAAAAUCUUAAAGGUAUUUUUCGGGUCCUGCAAAGCUCAGCCUUUACGUGCCUCCGAUCAGAGUUCCCAUCAUGCUGUCAAACCGUUGGAUCGAAUCUCUGUGCUGACGAUGCCGGACCUGGAGAUGGACUAUCAUUUAUGAACAAUGGAUGUGGAGUGAACGUGUUGGAGAGGAAAAAAAUAAAAAAAAGGAUUGGCCUUUAUGUAAGAAAAGGAAUCUCCAACAACACGUCGUCCGACGCAUUCAAACCCUUUUUGACUUUUUAAAACGGCUUCAGCGUCUGCUUGGAUCUGCAGUUUAGUAGAGCGAUUGCUAUAGUGUGGUGAGCGAAGCACAUGAUCGUGACUAGAUUAGUUUGACUCGAGCUGACCUGUAGCUGCUUGGUUGUGUGAGACUGUAAAUUGACAUUUAACACAUGAUAAUCUGCAACAUUCCUGUUUUGAACUAAUUAGAUUUUUCUUUUUUUCAUUCUGCUUUAGAGAAUUUCACUUCACUUGGUCUGAAUGUACCAACGAGCUGCUCAGUAUUUAUGAAUUGUGUUGCCCUUCUAAAAAAAAAAUUAAAACUUAAAAUUUU